GGCAAGACUAGAAAUGAUUAAAAAUCCCACCUUGAACAAACAAACAAAGCGCAGCCACAGGAGCCACUCGCCACUUGCCAUCGUCGUCUUCCGCAUGGAGCUCCGCUGCGCUCCGCACGACCUCCGGCUCGCCAAGCUCGCUCCUUCGACCCCCCGCCCGACACCCAUCUUCCCUCUCUGCCCGAAGGCCCGCUCCCCGUCCCGACGGGCUCCUCCGGCGGCGGCGGCGGCUGCGGGAGGAGCGGGAGCCUGCGUCUCGUCGCCGCCGGCGGAGAACGCGGCCGUGGCGCUGGAGCACGCGGGGGGGAAGAUGGUGGUGGAGCUGGUGGGGGCGUUCAACGAGCUGACGGAGAGGAUGAAGAGCGGGGUGUCGCUGUCCACGAGGUCCUCCCGGAUACUGUUCAAGGCGCUCAAGCUCGCCAUCCCCAUGUUGCAGAGCUCGCCUCUCGGCCCCGACGGCCGCCCUCCUCUCUCGAGGGCUCUCAGCGUCGCCGUCAUUCUCGCCGAUCUUCAGAUGGAUGCGGAGGUAAUAUCAGCCGGCAUCCUCAGAGAAGUUCUUGAAGCAGGAGCGGUGUCCAUCCAUGAAGUGAGAGACCGGAUUGGCACGGGGACAGCUCAUCUGCUGCACGAGAGCUUGCGAGUCAAGAACUUCCCCUCGAAAGUUGAUGUGUUGGAUGAUGAAAGUGCCGCUGCCCUGAGGAAAUUCUGCCUCACAUUCUACGAUACAAGAGCCGUGGUUCUCGACCUGGCUCUGAAACUCGAUAUGAUGAGGCAUUUGAAUUACCUGCCGAGGUAUCAACAGCAAAUUGUCUCUCUUGAGGUCAUGAAAGUGCAUGCGCCGUUAGCACAUGCACUGAGGACUGACUUCUUAUCUCUGGAGCUAGAGGAUCUCUCGUUCCAGUACCUGUUCCCUUACUCCUACCUCUAUGUUGAGAAAUGGUUAAGAAGCCAUGAAACUGGAAGCAAGCCCUUGAUAGAAAUUUACAAAGAGCAGCUGCUUCAAUCUUUAUGGGAUGAUUCCCUUCUGGCCAAUAUGGUGGAUGAUAUUUUGGUUCUAGGUCGAUAUAAGAGCCGCUACAGCACUAUGAAGAAGCUCUUGCGAGAUGGGAGGAAACCAGAGGAAGUGAAUGAUAUUCUAGGCUUGCGAGUUAUACUGAAGCCAAAGUCAGGACCAGAUAUGACUGAGACAGGCGAAAGAGCGUGCUACAGAACACGGGAAAUUGUCCAGAGUUUGUGGAAAGAAAUGCCUCACAGAACAAAAGACUACAUCUCGAGGCCCAAAUUUAAUGGCUAUCAAAGCUUACACAUGGCCGUCGAUGUGAGCGAGAAUGGCCAAGCUCGACCAUUGAUGGAAAUACAGAUACGGACUACGGAGAUGGACAUGUUGGCAGCCGGCGGAACAGCAUCUCACUCUUUUUAUAAAAGCGGACUCACCGAUCCUGAGGAGGCAAAACGGCUGAAGGCGAUAAUGUUGGCUGCGGCAGAGCUCGCUGCUAUGCGCCUUCAAGACCUCCCAUCACUGAAUCACAAGGAAAUGGAGAUUGACCGGAGAGAUCGCGUCUUCUGCCUUCUUGACAAGAAUGGAGAUGGUAGGAUCAGCAUAGAAGAACUCACGGAAGUGAUGGAAGAGCUCGGAGCCCCUGGGGAUGAUGCGCGAGAGAUGAUGCAGCUCCUCGAUGCCAACAGUGAUGGUUCCCUGAGCUCCGACGAGUUCGACGCAUUCCAAAAGCAGGUUGAACUAAUGAGGAGUCUGGAAGACAGAGACGACGAAUACAAGGCGAUGCUGAACGAGAAGCUUCACAUGGAUGACAUCGCCGGGCUAAUCCCGACCACUGCCGAAGAACCCCAGCAAUAGUUAAAAGCUGGUAACUGCUCUUCUCUUGUAGAUACUAGUGAUACGUACCUGUACUUGUCAACAACGACAGAGAUUGUCAACCCCUUUGUAGAUUGUCAACAAAAGCAUUUGCUUCUGCAUAUAGUGACAUCUGCGAAUGUAGAUUGUCAACCCGUGUACAACCAUUCUAAUUCACUUUGAUUAUAUAAGCAUUUGGCUGAUACAGAUCAGCCUUCUCUUUGGUCUUU